AACCCCGUUGGCACAAACUCUAUAGUUUGGAAUAUGUUAGAUAUUUUAGUGUAAUCGGGGAUUGACUUGGUGAUCAAAGCGAAUAAUAAUACACAUUAAGCAAGUUAGGAGGUGCGGGAGUGCAUGCUUGUUUAAGUUAUUAUUAUUCGAAAUGUACGGGCGGAACCCGUACUCUACGGGGGUUCCAAGGGGGCAGCGCCCCCCUGGCGGGGUCCAAGGGGCAGAGCCCCUGGCUGGGGAAAAAUUUUAUUUUUAUUAAAUUGCUUUAAUAAAAAUGUGUCAGAAAAUUUUAUUUUCUGAAUUUUGCCACAUUUUCGAAAUGGCAGCUUAAUGGCAGUUUUGUCCUAAAAUUAGAGUUAACUGCCAUUGGGCAGUUACACCCCAAAACCCAAUUUCGUAUUCAUUUUUUGAUCACAAUUUUUCUUGUUCAUCAAUUCACACAAACAACAUACACUAGUUCAAUUUCUCGAAAUCAGAGUUGUAUCCGAUUGAACUAUUCGGGUGAACCACCGAAAUAAUUUGAUCUGAGAGUGAUUACACGCCUCUCUGAUCGUCCGGUUUCUGAAAAUUCCCCAACAAAGAUCAAAUUAUUUUCUGUGAAGAUGGCAAGCGGAUCGAUGAAGGAUAUGACAAUCAAGGAGAACAAACUGAAGAAGUUCGAAGGGGUGGACUUCCGAAGAUGGCAGAAGAAGAUGCAUUUUCUUCUGACUUCGUUGAAGGUUGUGUACGUGUUGACUACUCCAAUCCCGGAGAUACAGGAGGAGGGAAAUCUGGAGCAAAUCAGGAAGAGGUCGAAGUGGGAGAACGACAAUUAUAUCUGUCUUGGCCACAUCCUGAACGGUAUGUCUGAUCCCUUAUUUGAUGUUUAUCAAAAUGUUGAAACUGCAAAGUUACUGUGGGACACAUUGGAAGCCAAAUACAUGGCAGAAGAUUCUUCUAGUAAGAAGUUUCUUGUCAGUAAUUUCAAUAAUUACAGAAUGGUUGAUGAACGGCCUGUGAUGGAACAAUAUCAUGAAUUGCUACGAAUUCUGGGGCAGUUUGCCCAACAUGAUAUGAAGAUGGAUGAAUCCAUCUCUGUUUCGAGUAUCAUUGACAAGUUACCUCCUUCCUGGAGAGAUGUUAAACAUAAUCUGAAACAUCAGAAAGUAGAGUUAACUUUGGUUGAACUUGGAAGCCACUUCAGAAUUGAAGAAGGCUUGAGAGCACAGGAAAAUGUGUUGGUCAAUGAUGAUAAGAAACGGGUUGGAUCAAGUUCUGUGAACAUGGUUGAAACGGGUGAAUUGUCCAAAGGAAACAAAAGUUCAAAGGGAAACGCAAGUUUCAAGGAAACAACAAUUCGGGUUCAAACAAAAGCCGAAUUACCCUUGCUGGAAAUGUGGUAAGGUUGGUCACUUUAAGAAGGACUGUAAGUUGAUGAAGAAAAACAAGAAGUCUGGUUCAAAGGACAAGCAAGAGGCUGGUUCUAGCGGGUCCAAGGACCAGGGCAAGCAAGGAUGAUGACAUUGCUUGGUGGGUUGAUUCGGGUGCAACAAGUCAUGUAUGCAAGGAUCUUCGUUGGUUUAAAGACUUUCAACCAAUCGAAGACGGGUCUAUCAUAAAGAUGGGGAACGUUGCAACUGAACCAAUCAAGGGAAUAGGAACUGUGAAUCUUGUGUUUACUUUUGGAAAAACUUUACUUUUGAACAAUGUUUUGUAUGCGCCUGGGAUUCGAAAGAAUCUGUUAAGUGGCAUUGUGUUGAAUAAUUGUGGGUACAAACAAGUAUUGGAAAGUGACAAGUAUAUCUUGUCAAGACAUGGUACCUUUGUUGGUUUUGGUUAUCUAUGUAAUGGUAUGUUUAUGUUAAAUGUUGAUGUCUCGUUUAUGAAUGAA